ACCCAAGCUACCAAACAACUCCAAUUAUUAGCAUACAAACAAUUGUAAUACAUUAAACAAUUCUAUUUCUAGGCGUUGCAUUGCUUUAUUCAAAAGUAUAAAAAUCAGUGUCGGUAGCUCAGUGCAAAAUAGCAUAAACACUACUACUUCCAUGGCUACUUCACUAUCACUUUCACCAUUUUCACUACUUGUCUUAGCAAGAUUUUCAGCUUCCAUUGUUGCUCUUCUUGUUCUUACUUGGGCUCUUCACUUCAAGACUAGCUUUUACUCUCAUUCUUCUUCUCAAGAAGACCUUAUUUAUGCUGUGCUUCAUCCAUUAUUAAUGGUAAUUGGGUUCAUUCUUGUAAGUGGAGAAGCUAUUUUGGUGCAUAGAUGGUUGCCAGGUUCAAGAAAUUUGAAGAAAUCAGUGCACUUGUGUCUGCAAGGGCUAGCUUUGGCUUGUGGGAUUUUUGGGAUAUGGACAAAAUUUCAUAGUAGAGAUGGGAUUGUGGCUAAUUUCUUCAGUUUGCAUUCUUGGAUGGGUCUCAUUUGUGUUUCCCUAUUUGGUGCUCAGUGGUUGAUGGGCUUCUUAAGCUUUUGGCACAGAGGAGAAGUGCGAAUGACAAGAAUACGUAUUCUUCCAUGGCAUGUAUUCCUCGGCCUGUACACAUACGGCUUGGCAGUGGCAACAGCCGAGACAGGACUUCUCGAGAAGUUAACCUUCUUGCAAACAAAGGGAGCUGUGCAGAAACGUUGCACUGAGUCCAUGAUCGUAAAUGGUAUGGGGCUCGGUUUAGCUCUUCUUAGUGGCAUGGUAAUAUUUGCUGCUGUGUUGCCUAAGCAUCAAACGCCACAUUCGAAAAGUGUUUACUCUAGUAAUAAGUUACAUUCUUAGUUUUUCAUACAUGGCUAUACCGAUAAUUCUCAUGUAAAUACGCUCUUUGUCGGUGCUGUUUAUAAAUGAAGAAGGUCCAAUAAGUUCCUUUUUUCAAUCUUUCUGGCAAUUUUGGUAGGCCAGAAUCGUCUUGCUGGUUCUUCUUCAGUGUGCUUGGCAUCUUCCAAGGGUUGUAUUUGUGCUUUUUGCUAGGUUUUGUAUAUUUGAUUUUAAGAAAUUUGCCUAAACAUAGGUCAAAAAAAAGGGUUGAGUUUGCCAAC